UAUUCCCUCUUCGCUGGCCAGCCCCUCACCAUUCUCGGCAGCACUGGGCCCGUCUUGGUCUUUGAGAAGAUUCUCUACAAAUUCUGCAAGGACUACACGCUCUCCUACCUGUCCCUGCGGACGUGCAUCGGGCUCUGGACCGCGUUCUUCUGCGUGCUGCUGGUGGCCACGGACGCCAGCUGCCUGGUGUGCUACAUCACCCGCUUCACCGAGGAGGCUUUCGCCUCCCUCAUCUGCAUCAUCUUCAUCUACGAGGCCCUGGAGAAGCUGAGCCACCUGCGGGAGACCUUCCCUGUGCACAUGCACAGCCAGCUGGACCUGCUCACCAUCUAUUAUGGGUGUUGUGCUAUCCUCUUCACCACCUAUAAGUGGAUGUUGUACUCCUCACCACCAGUUAGUGGGUGUUUGACCUCCUCACCACCUGAAUGCCGCUCCUUGCACGGAGAGUUCCACGGCCCCGCCUGCGGCCACGACGGCCCCUACGCGCCCAACGUCCUCUUCUGGUGCUGCAUCCUCUUCUUCUCCACCUUUGUCCUGUCCAGUUUGUUGAAGAAGUUCAAAACCAGCCGUUACUUCCCAACCAGAGUCCGCUCCACAGUGAGUGACUUCGCUGUGUUCCUCACCAUUGUCAUCAUGGUGCUCAUCGACCUCGCCAUCGGGAUCCCGUCCCCCAAGCUCCACGUCCCCCACGUGUUCAAGCCCACCAGGGAUGACCGUGGCUGGCUCAUCAACCCCAUCGGGCCCAACCCGUGGUGGACGGUGCUGGCCGCGCUCAUCCCGGCCCUGCUCUGCACCAUCCUCAUCUUCAUGGACCAGCAGAUCACGGCCGUCAUCGUCAACAGGAAGGAGCACAGGCUCAAGAAAGGCUGUGGGUACCACCUGGACCUGUUGAUGGUGGCCGUGAUGCUCGGGGUGUGCUCGGUGAUGGGGCUGCCCUGGUUYGUGGCCGCCACCGUGCUGUCCAUCACCCACGUCAACAGCCUCAAGGUGGAGUCGGACUGCUCGGCGCCRGGGGAGCAGCCCAAGUUCCUGGGGAUCCGCGAGCAGAGGGUCACCGGCCUCAUGAUCUUCGUGCUCAUGGGCUGCUCCGUCUUCUUCACCUCCGUGCUCAAGUUUAUCCCGAUGCCAGUGCUCUACGGGGUCUUUCUGUACAUGGGGGUCUCGUCACUACGAGGAAUCCAGUUUUUCGACCGCCUGAAGCUGUUUUGGAUGCCGGCCAAGCACCAGCCGGAUUUCAUCUACCUGCGCCAUGUUCCGCUGCGCAAGGUGCACCUGUUCACKCUGAUCCAGCUGCUCUGCCUCGUCCUGCUCUGGGCCAUCAAAGCUUCCCGCGCUGCCAUCAUCUUCCCCAUGAUGGUUUUGGCUCUCGUUUUUGUCCGCAAAGUGAUGGAUUUCUGCUUCUCCAAGCGGGAGCUCAGCUUCCUGGAUGACCUCAUGCCGGAGAGCAAGAAGAAGAAGCUGGAUGAUGCCAAAAAUAAAGCCAAAGAAGAGGAGGAGUCCCAGAAAAUGAUGGAAGCGGCUGCAGCGAAUUCCGUUCAGCUGAAGCUYGGCAAGACCAGCAGGGUGGACGCCCCCAAGCCCAGCAGUGACAGGGCCGAUCCCUCCGAGAUCAACAUUUCGGAUGAGAUGUCCAAGACCACAGUGUGGAAGGCUCUGACCAUGAACACAGAAACGCUCUGAAUCCGGGAGGAGAGAGGUACCGGCUCGGCUGUGGUGUGACCCUGUGGGGAUGG